UACUCUCCACCCAUUGCCGAACAAAUAUAAGCCAACAAGCAAUUUAACAUAUAACAACAUUGGCAGCGCCACUUGAUAUAGACCUCUCCUCCGAUGACUGUUUAGCCUACAAGUGGACAAGUGACAGGAUACUGCAGAUGCUUGCUUUCUAGACACACAGUCUUUUCAAUGUCAACUACUUAUUGUAACAGGAACAGUGGAGCGCCAGCCUUCGGAGAGACACUUUUUUAACGACAUUAUUGUUUUUUUGCAGAACAUUGUAUAUCAUCAACCACCUGCUGAGGCUACCACACAAUGGAUGUCCUUUGCAUAUCAUCGCAGUGUCUAAGAAAACUCUCACACCAGCUUUGUGUACUUAGAUAACAAAUAUUGUUUUACCCUUCCCAUCAGCCGCUUAUUGAACAGAGCUCGGAAAGGAGUAAGAAAAUAACUAUAUUCUUUGAUUUGAGGCUGGAUACCUGAAACAUUUAUUUAUUGAAUCUCAAAGAAGCAAUAUACCUCGUUAUUUAUUAAGCAUAUUGGAAAGCAUUGUUAAGUAAUUUUGAAACUAUCCUAAUAUUUAGAAUUUAGUUUUGAGAUUCAAACACACAAGUUUUUUUCAAUGGAGUCUUCCACUAGAGCAUCUCUCGCAGCAGCCACCACUUUAGCUACCGCGGCCUAUUCAAGCGAUAUGUCAGGCUACCUGUGGCUACUGAUCCUAGGCUUUGUCAUUGCCUUCAUCCUGGCCUUCUCUGUGGGGGCCAAUGAUGUGGCCAACUCAUUUGGCACGGCGGUGGGCUCUGGCGUGGUCACCUUACGGCAGGCCUGCAUCCUGGCCACUAUCUUUGAGACCGUGGGCUCCAUGCUGCUAGGGGCCAAAGUCAGCGAAACCAUCCGCAAGGGCAUCAUCGAUGUGAACAUGUACAAUGGCUCCGAACACGUGCUGAUGGCAGGCUCCAUCAGUGCCAUGUUUGGUUCUGCUGUGUGGCAACUGACCGCUUCAUUUUUGAAGCUCCCUAUAUCUGGAACCCACUGUAUUGUGGGUGCGACACUUGGUUUCUCCAUGGUAGCCAAAGGUCAUCACGGGGUCAAAUGGAUGGAGCUACUACGCAUUGUGGCAUCAUGGUUCCUCUCACCUCUGCUGUCAGGCAUCAUGUCAGCAAUUCUCUUCUAUUUUGUUCGUAAAUUCAUCCUGAAUAAGGAGGACCCUGUUCCCAAUGGCCUGAGAGCUCUCCCUGUCUUCUAUGCUAUCACCAUGGCCAUCAACCUGUUCUCCAUCAUGUUCACUGGAGCCCCCUUGCUGGGGUUCAACAAAAUGCCAUGGUGGGUAACACUGCUCAUAUCGCUAGGCUGCGCCCUCGUCACAGGCCUGGUCGUGUGGUUCUUCGUCUGUCCACGGCUCAAGAAGAAGAUCAGGCGUAAAGUUGCCUCCAGCCCCUGUAUGACUCCACUGAUGGAGAAGACCCCUUCCAAACCUGCCCUACAGGAGCAUCCUUCCACAAUUCAACCUUGUGACUCUGUUCCCCAGACACCACCAGCCUAUGAGAAAAGGGCGGCCUUUAAGAUUGGAGGUUCGGAGGAGGCUGAUCUGGACAGCAACAUGGACACCAAAGACUUAGGUGCUAGCAGCGGUAUUAAUGGUAUGGGCCCCAUGACCAUCACGGACCCACACAGUGGUCAGGCUCACACUGUACACAAGGAUUCAGGGCUCUACAAAGACCUGCUGCACAAGCUUCACCUAGCCAAGGUGGGUGACUGCAUUGGUGACGACGAUGGGAGGCCCAUACGGCGGAACAACAGCUACACCUCUUACACCCUGGCCAUCUAUGGCAUCCAUGGGGACCCCAGAUACAAGGAGGGAGAGCUAGCAGAUCAGCGGAGGAGAUUGCGGCUGGACAGCUACAAUAGCUACUGCUCGGCAGUAGCAGAUGGUGGCACAGUGGCUAAGGAGGAGGCAGGGGCUGUGGGGCUGACACUGGAGGCUGGCCAGGACAUACUCCAAGAGGAGGAUGAGCUGGAGGUGGACCGGCCAGAGGUCACACAUCUCUUCCGGUUCCUCCAGAUCCUCACUGCUUGUUUCGGCUCUUUCGCCCAUGGAGGAAAUGAUGUCAGUAAUGCGAUUGGUCCUCUGGUGGCUCUGUGGCUGGUGUUUGAGAGUGGCUCUGUGGUGUCCAAUGCUCCCACACCUAUCUGGCUGCUGUUGUAUGGAGGAGUGGGCAUCACUGCUGGGCUCUGGGUGUGGGGACGCAGAGUGAUCCAGACCAUGGGCAAGGACCUCACCCCAAUCACCCCCUCCAGUGGAUUUAGCAUUGAACUGUCCUCAGCGCUCACAGUGGUAGUGGCCUCCAAUAUUGGUCUCCCUGUCAGCACAACUCACUGCAAGGUGGGCUCUGUGGUUGCUGUUGGAUGGCUGCGUUCCAGGAAGGCUGUUGACUGGCGUUUGUUCAGGAACAUCUUCAUCGCCUGGUUUGUAACCGUCCCCAUCUCUGGGCUCAUCAGUGCUGCCAUCAUGGCUCUCUUCACCUAUGUUAUCCUGUGAGGUUCAAAUGGACCUGGGAUGACCUUGACUUCACCCCUGACGAGGGUCUACUACACUGCAGCCGGGGAUACUGUUGUUGUCUCACUAACCAUAGUUUAAAACUGUGUUGAAAAAUGUGUGUUUCAGCAUGUUUAUGUUAUCUGUACAUAUCAAGUCCUGACUCUGUUUCUUUGUUUCUUUAUACACAUGUGUUUACUGCACAAUAUUCAACAUCAUUGAAGUUGAUUACUAUGUAAUGUUGAUCAUCUAUCUAUCAUGUAAUGAAUUGUUUGAAAAAUUGUAAAAUGUCUAGUUUACAGAAGAACUAGGAGGUGUCCCUCCAAUGGUGUUUCUAAUAAAAAAAUUGAUUCAAAAUAAAAUGACAUUAC